AUGUACAUUUAUCAUGCUCUGAAUAUCCUGACACUUUCCCCCAAGGAAAAGUGUAACAAUAAGGGGACUGCACCGGUCCCAGCAGCAGAAUUGACCCCUGCUAUAUCAGUUCAACACAUCUCACUCCGCACUCGAGUUAUUCAGAUUGAAACUUCUGAAUUAUAUAGAUCUGUCCUUCAGCUACACUCUCCAGGCAUCAAUCGAUCACCUAAUCACUCCAACUCGUAUCACUGUACAAACUCUUUGUCGCCAAAAAACUGUAUUAACAUGUCCUCCCAAUCGCAACCUAAGACCACCGCGGCUAAAACCUACUCCGAAGCCGUCUCGGCCUCUGAAGGCACUCGCUCCAAACCGAGCAAGCAAUCUAGAACGACCCCGAAGAAACCAAAGAAACAAUUCAAGAGCCCCGAAGUCGUGCCUUCCGAGUGGGACCGUGACUCCGACUCUUCAGCUAAGAAAGGCGAGCCUCGUCCUCCGACUGUUCCCGCUACUAAGCCAGCCAAGGCAGUAGUUAAGGCUAAGAAGAUCUCGACCUCUGCUAAAGUCGAUCAGACUCAAACGAAGGAGAACGAUCACCCAAACAAAGUUCAUCCGACUGACACUCGUGAGAAGAAAAAUAACCAGCUUGACGACCCGUCCCCCCAAAUUGAUCCCUUUAAGAGUAACGAGAAGAUCUCUAAGCUCAUCGAUAAGGACUCGAUCAGCCAUCUUACUUUUAAGAAGUUGGAUCAAAGUCCUCCAAAAGACAUAGUCACUGAUUCUCCUAGCAAACCGAUCACGAAGAACGCUAGCGAUCAAUCUAGUCGGAACGUCAAACCUCCUUCUUCCGUUAACUCAGUUUCCGAAGCAGCCAAAAUCUUGCUGAACGGUCCCAAGACUUUCAACGAACCGGUUGAUCGAUCGACUCAGAAAAAAUUAGAUAACUACUUCGUUCCGCAAGGCCGAACGGUCCGAUCAGUAUCAUCGAGGUCGUCCGACCAUCCAGAUAGCUCUCAUACCUCCUCCUCAUCGGUCAUACAGAGCGACGGUAGCGACCUUGAUAUCAUAACUGGAGCCACCGCCCAACUUUGGUCGAGGCACAAGACCUUACCGGCGCCCCUAGAGGAAGACACGCUGCUAAGAUAUCCUCCAGCAUAUCAUCCGCUUCUUCAAGCGGUGAAGCUGAAUCAAGAAUAUUACCGUCGAGCGAAAAAGACAAACAACGAGUCUCUGAAAGUAGUAGCGCUAAGAGCAGCCGCGAAUCUACAAACCAACCUGCUACACUCGAUCAGCCAGGAAGAGUUCCUGAAGUUGUUCAAUUGGAAUCCAACCUCGGAGUUCGAGGAGUAUUUGAACGGAGAGAAGGGCCGUCAAUUCUUGAAGAAGAGAGGGACCGAAGUUACUCCGACUCCGCCACCCGAAGUGCAGAUGCAACCACCGGAGGCAGAGCGGUCUCACCCCCAACCUCAAGAUCAACCAGCGGAACACCAGCCUCAAUCUCAGAUGUACUAUCAUCCGAACGGCUACUACUACCCGUACCAACCGAUGAAUCAGCCCGCUCAGAAUCAGUGUUGGCCCCAACAGGGGUACAACCAGGAAUACUCGACUUACCAGCAAGGCUAUUACCCACCUCAACAAUGGGUAAACAACCAGACGGCCCAAGCGGAACCGCCGAUUCCUCCUCAACAGACAGGAAAAAAGGAAAGCAAUCAAGCUACGAAAAGCAACCGCAGCCGUCCAAACAACAGGAAGGCAAAGGGACCAAAUUGGAUUCCUCCUCCGACUCUAAAGCGAUCCCCCCGAGACUCUUGGGAGGCAAAUGCGAGGGAGAGACGUCGAAGGUCCCACCAACUCUCAAUCCACCAAGAGAUGAUAAGGCUCAACCGCACGACUCAGGCUCAAUUUCAAGCGCUCGAGGCCAUGAGAAAUCAGAACGCAGGGGGCGAGAAUCGUUGUCAACCCCGAGAGGGCGCACAGACUCCAAAAAAUUAA